AGGACACUCUGUGCUUUUCUCUCCCUUCUGCAAAUGAUACAAGCUAUCUAACACCGGAUAGUAACUCACUCGAGUCGCUUAUUUGCCCGCUUAUCCUCUUACUCCCGCCCGUUACCUAUCCUUGGCUCUAAUACCUUCCCAAUCGAUUGUCCGCUACAUAUAUUCAUUUGCGAUGGAAUAUGGACCCAGAACAUGAUGUGAACCGCAACUUGGAUCACUUAAGCCGGUUCAGUCUCUUUUUCCCUCUGCCUUAUCGAGUAGCCAUAGUACUCGUUGCAGGUGUUUGGGGGUGGGGGCUGAACCUCCAUUACUUAUCAGCCGUUAAAAUUGAUGUCCCGGCCUUGAUUCGAUACCCUUCUCGAUCGUCCAUUCACCAGGUGCCCGUCUAUCGCUCCACAUAUCACCUUGCGACUUUACUCUCUAUCCCUCUUGCGAUAUCCCUCCUAAUUUUCUGGUUUGUGACUCAUGGGUCCGCGCAACGAGUUAUCGAGUGGGAAAUAAUUCCGCAAUCGUACCUCUUCCUGUUCUUCGUCCUCCUUAUCUUCCCGCUUCACAAGCUAUCCCGCAAUGGACGACACAGGUUCGCUGUUGCAUUGAAACGGGUUAGCGUUGGCGGCCUUGCAGAAACCCAAGAUGGGAAAUUCGGUGACAUAAUACUUGCGGAUGUUCUGACUAGUUAUUCCAAAAUACUUGGAGACCUUUUCGUUAGCACCUGCAUGUUCUUCUCAUCGGAAGCAUCCAGCACCAGUAUUCCGAAUAGGGAAUGCGGCGGCCAAAUUGCCGUUCCUCUACUUAUUUGUAUACCCAGCGCAAUUCGGCUCAGGCAGUGCCUCAUUGAAUUUGGCCGGGUGCGGAAGGGAAACCGAAACAUCGAUGGCUGGGGCGGACAACAUCUUGCAAACGCGCUCAAAUAUGCGAGCGCUUUCCCUGUAAUUUUAUUAACUACCUUGCAGCGCAAUCAUGACCCGAAUUCUUACACCAUUUCCGCAGAAAACCUGUAUCGGUUAUGGGUUCUGUCUGCACUCGUUAACUCACUAUUCGCAUUCUACUGGGAUGUCGCCAAAGAUUGGGAUCUCACCUUAUUUUCCGCGCUGAAUCACCCCAACGACCCGGAGUACCCCUUCGGCCUGCGACGACAUCGGUAUUUCUACGCCAACGAAAUGUAUUAUUCAGCUAUUAUCAUUGACCUAAUUUUACGAUUCACAUGGAUUUCUCGGCUUUCUACGCGUUUGGACUGGGUGAAUGAUAUAGAAGGCGGCGUUUUUGUGCUCAUGCUUCUUGAAGUUGUUAGGCGGUGGAUCUGGAUAUUUGUCCGAGUCGAAACGGAGUGGGUCCGGAAUAAUCGUGGCCCUGCACCGGAUGAUAUACUCCUAGGUGAAUUUAACGGCAAGAUAGACGAGGAUUAGACAACAGAUAUGCCGAGCGGGACUGUAUGGAGGUGCCGUCCUCAGCUCGCGCCGAUUUAUAUUUCUCUUUGGCGUCAUCAACAUUUGGUUUUUCCAGAAGAAAGAGCCUAUAUAUAUAUUACCAUGUACAUGAACAUUACAUCGAUCUUUCCUGUUUCACUUUUUUGUUGUGUGUGCAUCCACUUAUAUAAUUUAUAUCAUCAAAUGCAUUGGAACUCGAUAGUUUUCUAUUUUU